GUGGAAGCAUCUCAGAUUUGGAUUUGAGCAGUCCCUGCUCACAACAGCCAAUCUCAACUUCACAAGACUCUGCAAUAUUCAACUCAGAAGAAUCCAUUAGUAGCAUAGACUCAGACUGCAGGAUCUAUGUUAAUCUGGCAGAAGUCCAAUCCAGUACAACAACUACAAAGACUCUCCAAAGUGUGAAUGAAGUAUUAAUGGCCUCCCAAGGAAAGUUGGUUGAUGAGACAUCUCCUGUCAAUUCAAAGCCACCACCUCUUCCAAAGAAGAAACUCAACAGGACCAAUUCAGCUCCUGGUGGAAGUCAGGUUGGUUUAACAAGAAGUCUUCCAGGCUCUCCUGGCUUUCAAAUAAGUAACCCACUGUAUGGUAUCUAUGAAAGCAAAACCAGUUUCAGUACCCCUAGCAGUCCAAUGAACACUGAUGAAAAAUUAAAUCUUUCCAUUCAUGCCAGUAGUAGAAGGGCAGGAAUGAUGAAAUCCAGGAGUCUGGAUGGAGCUACCAGCUACUACCAUGGCAGCAAUCUUCAGGCAGAUAUAGAGAAGUUGAGCUUUUGCAACUCAGAUCUGGAAUUACAGAAGUGGUAUAACUUUGAAAAUCAGGCGGACAUUUUCAAAACUUUUGCCAGUCGGUGUGUGAUGUUACUGAAGUGCAUUUGUGCAAAAUACAACUCUUUCUUCACGGAUGACAAGAAGACGAAGAUAAAAUUUACUGAGAAGGACUGGCAAGACCUUAAGCUGCCAUGUGACAAACCCUGCUGCGACUCCAAGGAGGCCGUUUACUACAGGCUCCAGUGCACACUCCAGCCAGAGAAUGAGUUUGCUUUAAAGAUCACCAAAACUCUGAACCAAGAAGCCUUGCAGAUGCAGUCUUGUGGCCUUUCUGUGCAGGAAAGCCUUCCCUUCCAUUUCAACGUACAAAUGGUGUGUGGCCACUUUGUUGCCACGAUUCCAACUAAACUCUUGCCUUCUGAAGAUGCAGUGUUGAGUCCUAGUGACUCAGAAGUGGAAAAGAAUGAGGCUGGGCCAGGUGCUGAGUCAGAAAUCCCUGAAACCCAGCCAGAUGACGAUACAGCACAAAGGCCUCAUGGUGUGAUCAUUACACAGGAGGUUCCCUACCAAACCAUGGCAGAUUUUGUAAAAGAUUCAGUGGCUCUCCAUGAGUCCCAGGCUGAUGUCUAUGAACGUCAAAUAUGCCUUCUCCUUCUGCAGUUGUGUCUAGGGUUGGAACACUUGAAAAAUCAUAACGUUACGCAUUGUGACCUCCGUCUGGAAAACCUGCUGUUGGUUAAAGUGGCUGAGCCAGGAGGCAAAAAACAAAGUACUAAUCCUCAGCUGCUGAGACUUAUCAUCAGCAACUUCUCCAAAGCUAAGCAAAAGAGUACAGCGAUUGAUCAAAAACUGCACCCAGACCAGGUUCGGUUAGCACCCGAAAUGAUGUCUGCAUCCCAGUACAAAAAGGUUGAUGAGUUUCAGUUGGGCAUUUUGAUCUAUGAGGUGCUGCACAUGUCAAACCCUAUUGAGAGCAUUUCAAGCCAAAAGCAUUAUGAAGAAUACAGUACAGGAGACCUGCCUCAGAUUCGCCUGUUAUCUGUUUAUUCUGAAAGGCUUCAACAUCUUGCCCAUUUACUCUUGUGUGCAGAUCCUAAUAAAAGAAUACAUAUCAGUGAAGCAAAACACAUCUUACAGGCCUUACUCUGGGGUCCAGACCAGAAUGUGUUCAGUCUGAACACUGGACUGAAAGACCCACCUCUGUUGCUGAAAAACUGGUUGGAUGUGAAACGUAUUUUGCUGAUGCUGGAUUACGGGGAAAGGUUUCUAAAUGAUGAGAAGCCAGUAAAACUGGAAGACUGGCUUUGCUGCCAGUACUUUGCAUUCGCUACCCCUGACUCAGUGUUUCAAGCAGUAUGGGGGCUACAGAUUCUACUGGAAGAAGGGUGUUGAAUAAGAAAAUGAAGCCAAUACAAGUAUCCAUUGAUGAAUGAGGUUUAUACGGCAAAUAAUAAAUUGUCAUUUUCUCUUGCACUAGAACAAAAACAACUUAUAGUUAUACUAUGUCAAGUUGUAUAACAUAUUAUAGGCAAAUUGAAUUUGAUUA